CUGCGACUUUUUUGUUUUGUCCCUUUUGAAAAUCAAACAAACAACUACUAAAUAAAUAAACCAGAUAUCUAUUGGUUUAUGAGUUAUAUUAGAUCCACUUCAACACUGAAUCAGAAGCUUUCAGAAGCCUUUUCCAUACUCUCAUCUCAUCUCCUCCAGCAACAGUAAACCACUUCAAAGCCGAAUCGGUUCCUACAUCAUGACCAACAAUAAUGUAAAGGAGCCCUUGCUGUCAGGAUCACUGAAUGAGACUCAAAAAGCUAAACGGCUGUUAAACAAGAGAAGGUUACACCGCUCUAGAAGUGCUCCUAACACAGAUCUUGUUCCUUCUGAGACACAAUGCAAAGAAACAACUCAUCCAAAAACAUCCAUAUUUCAGAAUUUACAUCCAAAUUAUAAAAGAGUGGCUAUCUACCUUGCAGUAUAUUUAGGUGUAGGUGCUUUAAUCUUCUUUCUUGUCAGGGACCAGAUCAAGGGGACGAAAACAGAUGGAAUUCUUGAUGCUUUGUACUUUACAAUUGUUACAAUGACCACUGUUGGAUAUGGAGAUUCUUGUGCAGAUAGCCACCUAACAAAACUACUUGCAUGUGCCCUUUGUUUCUCUGGAUGGCAUGAUCGGAUUGAAUGUAAGCAACGCAGCAGAUUCUUAGUUGAGAAACAGGAACUUUUGCUAGUUAAAGCUAUGCACGUGCACCAAAAAGUUGAUUCAACUGGAAUAUUAAGGGAGCUUGAGACCAAUAAAACAAGAUACAAACUUUUUGUAGUCUUUUUCCUCCUUUUGGUUCUCUUCACUGCAGGGACAAUUUUUCUGGUGACUGUUGAGAAAUUGGAUGUUAUCGAUGCAUUCUACUGUGUUUGUUCUACCAUUACAACCCUUGGUUAUGGGGACAAAAGCUUCUCAACUCAAGCAGGAAGAAUAUUUGCCGUGUUUUGGAUAUUGACAGGUACUAUUACUUUGGCUCAGUUUUUCCUCUACAUUGCUGAGCUAAACACUGAAAUCAGACAAAAGGAGCUUGUGAAGUGGGUGCUUACAAGGAAAGUGACCAAUUUAGAUUUGGAGGCUGCUGAUCUUGAUGAGGAUGGAACUGUUGGGGCUGCUGAAUUUGUAUUUUAACACUGAAGAGAUGGGAAGAUUAGUCAAGAAGAUAUAGCACUUGUGCAUUCAUGAGUUUGAAACAGCUAGAUGUUGAUGAUUCUGUCAUUGUCACCUUCGUGAUAUAACCACUUGCUCACUCAACUUAGAUUAACAAUUACAUUUUGGUACGUGUUAGUAUUUUUUUUUUCUACUAUCAACAUUGUUGAUCACGUUAAUACCA